AUGAGGAAGUGCUUUGUCACUGGCACUAACAAUGGUCUGGACAGUGUGACUACAAUGACUGCGCUGCUGGCUUUACACAUCGAGUCAGCUAUUAACAUGGCCGAGACAGACCUCGUCCGCUCCAUGGCUCGGAUAUCUAUCAGUCAUGUAAUGCUUCUGCUCACACAACGAAAAGACCUCCCUGUCUUGAAAAGAGCACUGCCAAUAUUUGACAAGAUAUUGACCGAGAAAAACUUGUACUUGAUUCCGCCAAAUAACAGCAUUCAAGGACCAACUCAACCGCGGUCCCAGGAGAAUAAUAUGGCAGAGACGUAUGCCUCGCCGACUGCGCAAUUCAGCGCGUUUCCAUCUCUAAUGGAACCUGGUUCGCAUCAUCAGUCGUUCGAUGGGGACUUUUUAGGAUUCGACUUCUUGGACGACUGGCAGAUUGGGCAACUAGAUUUUGCCGACCAAUAG